AUGAGCCCUCACGCCGAAAUGUCGUCUACUUCGUCAGAUGGCCCCGUCCCAGCUGUACAGCGAGCGUUCAAUGGCUUCCUCUCCCAUAAUCUUGAGGAGAGCCACUUCCCUGCCUUCGAGAACCGGUCGCACCUCCGAUAUACUCCAGAAGAUGAGUUGCAUGAUCUGAUAUGCGUUGGGUUUGGCCCUGCAUCACUGGCCAUCGGUGUGGCUCUGCACGAUGCUUUGGACGGAACCGACCCCUCGCUGGCCGAUGUGCCAGGUCUGCAAAGCCGGAUGCCGAAAGUUGCGUUUCUCGAGAAGCAAUCUCAGUUUGCGUGGCAUGCGGGUAUGCUCCUACCUGGCGCAAAGAUGCAAAUCACCUUUAUGAAAGACAUGGCAACCAUGAGGAACCCGCGGAGCGAGUUCACUUUCAUCAACUACCUGCACCAGAAAGAUCGGCUAGCUGAAUUUGCCAACCUGGGCACCUUCUUGCCCGCACGUGUGGAGUACGAGGACUACAUGAGAUGGUGCGCAAGCUGGUUUGAAGAGGUGGUGGCAUACAGCCAGGAGGUCAUUCAAGUCAUGCCAGAGAAGUCUGCAAAUGGCGAAAUCACCACCUUUUCCGUCAUCUCACGCAAUACUUUAACCGGUCGCACCGAGACGAGAAGAACAAAACAUGUGGUCAUUGCGGCCGGUGGAAGACCAAACAUUCCAGCGCCGUUUCCGACAAACCACCCCAAGGUCGUCCACUCGUCCAAGUUCUCAUAUAUCUCGAAGCAGCUCUUGAAGGACCAUGAUGCGCCAUACAGUGUGGCAGUCGUUGGCAACGGCCAGAGCGCAGCUGAAAUCUUCGACUUCCUACACUCCAACUAUCCCAACGCGCGGACGCGGCUGCUGAUCAAGGGAGGAGCCCUGCGCCCUAGUGACGACUCGCCUUUUGUCAAUGAGAUCUUCAACCCCUCGCGGACUGACUGCACGUACGCCCGCGCCCCCAAGCUUCGCGCAGCCACGCUCCUGGAAGACAAGGGCACCAACUAUGGUGUCGUGCGCCUCGAUCUCCUCGAACACAUCUACGAGACGUUGUACAUGCAGCGGAUCCGGUAUGGCAACACGCCGGCUGAAGAAGCACACUGGCCGCACCGCAUAAUGCCCUACCGCCGUGUCGUCGACGUGUCGGACUCUCCUGUACGUCCUGGUGGCGUCCGCCUACAAGUACACGACUCGAGUCCACUAUACUUUUCCGAGAAGCCAGGCGCGCAAGAGCAGAAGGAGACACUGGACGUUGAUGUCGUGUUCGUAGCAACUGGAUACCAUCGGGACCUGCACGAGACGCUGCUCAAGGAUGCAAGACACCUCAUGCCGGGCGGAGAACUCGAGGGCGCCAAGUGGCAGGUGCAGCGUGAUUACAGGAUCAACUUUACAGAGAAGAGUGUGGCGGAUAAUGCUGGCGUGUGGCUGCAGGGGUGCUGCGAGACUACGCAUGGUUUGAGCGAUACUUUACUUUCGGUGCUCGCGACAAGAGGUGGAGAGAUGGUCAGGGGCAUCUUCGAGAAGCCGGCAAUGUGGGACAAUGGCGACGUGUUGGGCGGGUAUCAAGCACGCGAGUAGAGUGUACAAUAAAAUGUGCAUAUAAUGUACACUUUGGGGGGGAAUAUUUUGUUGUUUCAGAUCUCAUCAUGUUGACAGGCCAAAACAUUCUACGUCUUCUUCGUUACGUCCCUUGACUCGUUCUGUGCGCGCUGAGAUGGGCGCCCACAAGUUUGAGGCAGUUUCUGCCUGUGGUACACGCGGCAAGCAUUUGGUACAAAGUGUCUUUGCUAAUGGCACGGCUUUCAAGCU